AUGGCGGCCAUCAUCGGAAGGCAAGCGGGCCUCGAACACGGUUUAACGAGCAUCCCUUCCGACGGGAGCGACUUCGAAGCCAUGGCUGACAUUUGUUACUACGUGACGUACACCGAGUCCGGACCCCAGGACAAUCCCUCCAGGGGCAACACAGGCACCACGACCGGAGAGAACCAGGACCAGCCCCUACCAAGCAGUGCCUUCCUGGUCAAUCCAGUCGCUGGGAAACUCAGAGCCCACCCCACCGAAGACUCAUGUUGGAUAGAAAAUCAUUCUGACUGUGUUUCUUCCUCCAGGGUGGACCACGGUGGAGAGCACAGGUUAAAACCUGGUCUCAGGAAGUAUUCCUGUGAACUGGAACUGGACACAAACACAAUGAACAAAAACCUCAAACUGUCUGACAACAACAGGAAGGUGACAUGGGUGAGAGAGGAUCAGUCAUAUCCUGAUCAUCCAGACAGGUUUGACCUUUGGCCUCAGCUGCUGUGUUCAACUGGUCUGACUGGUCGCUGUUACUGGGAGGUCGAGUGGAGAGGAGGGGUUCAUAUAUCAGUGAGUUACAGAGGAAUCAGCAGGAAAGGAAACAGUGAAGACUGUGUGUUUGGAAGAAAUGAUCAGUCCUGGAGUCUGAUCUGCUCUGAUGGUCGUUGCUCUGUCUGUCACAAUGACAGAGAAACAUUCAUCUCCUCUUCCUCCUCCUCCUCCUCCUCUUCCUCCCCCUCCCCCUCCUCUUCCUCCUCCUCCUCCUCUUCCUCCUCCUCCUCCUCCUCUCACAGAGUAGCAGUGUAUGUGGACUGUCCUGCUGGCUCUCUGUCCUUCUACAGAGUCUCUGACUCACUGAUCCACCUCUACACCUUCAACACCACCUUCCCUGAACCUCUGUAUCCUGGGUUCAGGUUCUGGUCUCCUGGUUCCUCAGUGUCUCUAUAAUACACACACACACACACACACACACACUAACACA